CGGACGCCGCACAAUACUCAUGCUGCACGUGGUCUGCAGGACAGUAGCAGACAAAAUAACGCACGCUGCACGAGGCGACAAUUUUCUCUUUGGCUCUUGACUUUUUUUUUGGAAAUUUUGACAGUGAUUUUCUUAACAAUCGAAGUGAACAAUUAGUACGCAAGGCCGGUCGUCUCGACGGGCUUAUAAACAAAACAACAACAUGUUGACCGAACCCAAAUUAACGAACACCGAGCCGGAUUUCGGCAAACCGGCAAAAAAAUUAAAUCCCCUGCUGCAAAAUUUGGGCACCCCCCACGUGGAUUCGUUCAAUUAUGCAGUCGGAGAUGGACUCGUUGAAGCAGUGAAAACAAUGCAACCUGUAUUUUACACACUGCCCAAUGGAACUAAAUUGGAAUUCAAGUAUGAGAGUGUAACAAUUGAUUCUCCCGCUGUGCCACCUGGUACUUUGGGGGUCAAAAACCAUAGGGUGUACCCCACAGAAUGUAGGCAAAGAGCUGCUACGUACAAAGGUAGAAUUAACACCAGAAUUAGUUGGAGUAUGAAUGGCAAAUACAUAGAAACCAUUGAUAAAUGUAUAGGAGAAGUUCCUAUAAUGGUCAAGUCUGACCGGUGUCAUUUGAAAAAUAUGUCACCUGCACAAUUAGUUCAAGCAAAGGAACAUGAACAAGAAUUUGGUGGUUAUUUUGUUGUCAAAGGGCAUGAGCGACUUAUCAGAAUGUUGCUAAUGACUAGAAGAAAUUAUCCCAUUGCAGUUAAACGAUCUGGUUGGAAACAGCGAGGUGACAAUUUCACAGAUAUGGGUGUUUUAAUUAGAAGCGUGAGGGAUGACAAUACAGCAGUGAACAAUACUUUGCAUUAUGUUACUGAUGGAAGUACUAAACUUAUGUUUAGUCACAAUAGAGUACUCUACUAUGUGCCAUUAAUUUUGAUUCUAAAAUGUUUAAUGGAUGUAUCAGAUAUUACUCUACACAAUAAACUUACUGCUGGUUGUGAAGAUGAUGUGUAUUUUAGCAAUUGUAUUAGUAAUAUGAUGCGCGAAUUGCAUAAACAAAAUUUACACUCUAAUGAACAAUGCAAAGCAUACAUAGGCAAAAUGUUCAGAGUUAAAAUGUAUGAAAUUCCACAAAGUUACACGGACGUUGAAGUUUGUGAUUAUAUAAUAAAAAACUGUAUUUGCAUACAUCUUGAUGAUCCAGCAGACAAAUUCAACCUUCUGUGUUAUAUGACUAGAAAAUUAUUUGCCUUUGCAAAUGACAAAUGUGUUGUAGAAGGUGCUGAUGCUGUCAUGAUGCAGGAGUGUUUGUUAGGUGGUCAUUUGUAUCUGCAAGUUUUAAAAGAAAGAUUAUCUGUAUGGCUUAAUAUUUUGAAAUUAGUCAUUGCAAAACGAGCUAGCAAAGUCGGAAAUGCCUUUGUUUUUAAUACUGCGGAAAUGGUGAAUGCCUUAAAGAAAUGUGGUAACAUUGAUUCAGGCAUGGAAAAUUUUUUAUCAACUGGAAAUGUGACAUCUAAGUCUGGUUUAGGUUUAAUGCAAAAUAAAGGUUUAACCAUUGUCGCCGAGAACAUCAACAGAAUGCGCUACAUGAGUCAUUUCCGAUCGAUUCAUAGAGGUUCGUUUUUCCAAGAAAUGCGAACGACCGAUGCCAGACAGCUUCUUCCCGACGCGUGGGGUUUUAUUUGCCCUGUCCAUACUCCUGACGGAACGCCUUGCGGUCUGCUCAAUCACUUGACGAUGAACUGCAUCGUUACAAAACAUCCCGAUCCCAAGCAAAAAGCGAUCAUUGAAGAAAAAUUGGUCGAUUUGGGAAUGUGUCCUCUAUCGCUAGAAGAUGAUUGGAAAAACUCGUAUACCGUACUUUUAGACGGGAGAGUCAUAGGAUUAAUUGAAGAUAAAAUCGCUGGACGAGUGGUCGAUAAAAUGCGCGUUUUAAAAAUAAACGAUGUCAUUCCUUCUACAACGGAAAUCGUCUUGGUACCAAAAAAAUCUGUCCCAUCUCAAUAUGCUGGCAUCUUUUUGUUUACUGGCCCUGCUAGAAUGAUGAGACCCGUAAUGAAUUUAUCUGUCAAUAAAAUAGAAUACAUUGGAACGUUCGAACAAGUGUAUAUGGAAAUAUGUAUCACAGCAGAAGAGGCAUACAAAGGGCUUACCACACAUCAAGAGCUCGCUAAAACAUCGUUCCUCAGUAACUUGGCCAAUCUGAUUCCCAUGCCCGAUUGCAAUCAGAGUCCUCGUAACAUGUAUCAGUGUCAGAUGGGUAAACAAACCAUGGGCACGCCAGUCCUGAAUUGGCAGCAACAAUCCGAGACGAAGCUGUAUCGCUUGCAAACCCCGGCUACUCCGCUGUUCCGGCCGGUCCAUCACGACCAUAUAAAUUUGGACGACUUCGCGAUGGGAACCAAUGCCAUAUUAGCCGUUAUCUCUUAUACCGGUUACGAUAUGGAGGACGCCAUGAUCAUCAACAAAUCCGCCUUCGAGCGAGGCUUCGCCCAUGGCUGUAUUUAUAAAUCAGAGUUCAUCGAGCUGGAAUCGAAGGACGAUUACUUUUACAGGGAUCCAAGUAAUCAAAGUCUCGUUGAUAAAUUAGAUGCCGAUGGUCUACCUAGCUCGGGUAGAAUCAUUCGAGGCGGUGAUCCCUACUAUUCUUAUUUCGACGGAGAUAAAAAAUGCUAUCGCGUUGGAAAAUAUAAAGGCACGGAAGACGUUGUUGUGGAUCAUGUAAAAAUGUGUGGAACAUUAUCAAGCAACGGCAAUCGUAAAGCUUGCAUAACUUUCAGGGUUCCACGUAAUCCAAGUGUCGGCGACAAAUUCGCUUCUCGAUCCGGUCAAAAAGGUAUCUUCUCUCAAAAAUGCCCAGCAGAAGAUUUGCCAUUUACAGAAUCUGGCCUCAUACCAGACAUCGUGUUCAAUCCUCACGGUUUCCCAAGUAGAAUGACAAUUGCUAUGAUGAUCGAAAUCAUGGCAGGAAAAUCGGGAGCGGUUCAUGGCUUGGCACACGACGCGACUCCGUUCAGGUUUACCGAGGAUAACACAGCCAUCGAUUACUUUGGCAAACUUCUCGAAAAAGGUGGUUACAAUUAUUAUGGCACAGAGACAAUGUAUUCCGGCGUCGAUGGCAGAGAAAUGAAGGCAGAAAUAUUCUUUGGAGUAGUUCAUUAUCAAAGGCUACGUCACAUGGUGUCCGAUAAGUGGCAGGUGAGAAGUACUGGUCCAAUUGACGUCUUGACCCGGCAACCCAUCAAGGGAAGACGCAAAGGUGGUGGCGUUCGUUUUGGUGAGAUGGAACGUGACGCCUUGAUCUCUCACGGUUGCUCAUUUUUGUUACAAGACAGGCUGCUCAAUUGUUCCGACAAAGCAACGGUGGUAGCAUGUAAAAAAUGUGGAACCUUAAUCGGACCAAUCGUCGAAUAUAUGACGACUGAUAGUGGCUACCGGGAACUCAAAGCAAGGUGUAGAUUGUGCCAGGACGACGGUGAUCUCGCCGAAAUCGAUGUUCCCUACAUUUUCAAAUACUUGGUUACCCAAUUAGGCGCAUGUAAUAUAAACGUCAAACUUGGUUUCAAAGACGUAUAAGCCGAAAUUUUUUAAAAAUAAUUGUUGUUAUUACGCCAAAGUGAUGACGAAUG